GCCGACUUUAUUAUAAACAAAUAAUAUUGGUUUUAUAAAAUAACAAGAAUUUCAAUUACAUUCCAGAAACCAAGUAUUUUCAAAAAUGGCCCAUUCAGGGGUUGUCCCUGGUGGAAAACGUAAAGAAAUCUACAAAUAUAUAGCCCCAUGGCCUCUUUAUAGUAUGAACUGGUCUGUCCGACCUGACAAAAGGUUUCGAUUGGCUCUUGGAAGUUUUGUAGAAGAGUAUAACAACAAAGUUCAAGUAGUUUCAUUAGAUGAGGACAGUAGUGAGUUUUCUGCAAAAAGCACCUUUGAUCAUCCAUAUCCAACCACUAAAAUUAUGUGGAUACCCGACAGUAAAGGAAUUUUUCCUGAUCUCUUAGCUACUAGUGGAGAUUAUUUGAGGGUUUGGAGAGCAGGAGAGCCAGACACAAGGCUUGAGUGUGUCUUAAACAAUAAUAAAAAUUCUGAUUUUUGUGCACCUUUAACUAGUUUUGAUUGGAAUGAAGUAGAUCCAAACUUAGUUGGUACAUCUUCUAUUGACACAACUUGUACUAUUUGGGGACUUGAAACUGGUCAGGUAAUGGGUAGAGUGAACCUAGUUUCAGGGCAUGUAAAAACCCAGCUUAUAGCUCAUGAUAAAGAAGUUUAUGACAUUGCAUUUUCACGAGCAGGAGGUGGAAGAGAUAUGUUUGCUUCUGUAGGUGCAGAUGGAUCUGUUAGAAUGUUUGAUCUAAGACAUUUGGAACACUCAACUAUAAUAUAUGAAGAUCACACACAUACACCUUUAUUGAGGCUUGCUUGGAACAAACAAGAUCCCAACUAUUUAGCUACCAUAGCGAUGGAUGCUUGUGAAGUAAUUAUUCUUGACGUAAGAGUACCAUGCACACCCGUAGCCCGUCUCAAUAACCAUCGCGCAUGCGUGAAUGGAAUUGCCUGGGCACCGCACUCUAGCUGUCAUAUAUGUACAGCAGGGGACGACCACCAAGCCCUUAUCUGGGAUAUUCAACAAAUGCCUCGAGCUAUAGAGGAUCCAAUUUUAGCGUAUACAGCGGCAGAAGGUGAAGUUAAUCAGAUUCAAUGGGGAGCGACGCAACCUGAUUGGAUCGCUAUAUGCUACAACAAAAGUUUGGAGAUAUUGAGGGUGUAAAUUUUUUGUUUUUAUUUGACUGAUAUUUUAAUUUAUUUUUACAAAUACUGUUAAUUUACUUUAACGUCCUAUUUAACGAUAUAAGUCAGCGUGGUUAAUAUUCUGAAGCCCAUAAUCAUUUUAUGUAUUUUGUACAUAAUAAAUAGAAAGUUGGGGGAGCUUCGCAGAGAGAAACUGUUUUUACGAUUUUUUGUGGAUUUAAUGUGAAAAAUUGUCAUGUAUCUUAUAUCGUCUAUUAUUUAAACAGUUGGUAUAUAAUUACUUACACCAAUUAUGAUUAAUUGCAAUUUUUUAAGAGUUUAUUAACAGUAUUUAACUAUAAAAGUUAACCAAGACAUUUGAACUGCUUUGAAGUUAAAGCUAAACUGAGAAUAUUUUGUUAGUUUAUUAUGCGCUAUCUUAUAUUGCUUGCUUUGGUUAAUACUUCCUUGCCUGCUGCUAAAAGUUGGAUGUGUUAAUUGGAUAUAUUAUGGUCAUUUAGAAAGUGUAGCUUACAAAUCUGUAUUUGUAUUUAACUCUGGAUUAACCACAAUGAAGAAUAAAUGCCAUCACAUAUGUUUUGUAACAUAUAAAACUGAAUAGUGUAACGGAAUACAGAGAAGUACGGAAAACAUUUCAGAAAAAAAAGUGGAAACAUGAUCUAGCAACAGCAUUUGAACUAAAUUCGAGUAAAUAGGGGAAUAAUAAAAACAGGCAAAAUGUUCAUUAAAAAUUACAAAACAAAGAACUGGAUCGUUUUAGAUCAAAAAAGCGAUCACGGUAAAUGCGGGAAUAAAGAGAACAUGUAAUAACAAAGAGACAUUCAGUUUAAAAAUAUUGGGAGAACUAAAAAAAGCUAUGCAAAAAAAUCAGUAUUUAGAAAUAUUUAUCAUAAUAAUGCUGCAAUUAUUAUAGCCCAGAUCCCUAUUUGGCUAUGUCGAGCGUUUGACUCCUUAUCUGGUGUGUUCUCCCCGAAUCCAUAGAUAUCUUCGCUACUAUACUCCCUUGCACUAUACAUUGUUACUGUUCAUGCAUUUACAGUGGAAUUUGGUUGUAGGGUCAUUGAAGAGUCCAGUAAAAAAAUGACGCAAUAUCAGAGUGACGGUAUAAAAGAGGUAAAAAAUUUGAACGAGGCAAAAUGAAAUUUUAACGAGGCAAAAUUGUAUUACAGAAUUAUUUAUUAUUACAGCUGCACUUAGGAUAAAAAAUUAAGAAAUAAAACAUAUCAUGUAUACUAAACUUACAUUUUUUAUGAAAAAGUUAUCUAAUACUGAAAAAAGUCAGUUAUUUUCUUCUGCACAACCUUGUCCGAAAAAAUUUUUCUGUAGUGUCCUUAAUAAUCUGAGCUGUUUCUUUGGUAGUUGUGGAUGCCUCUCUGAACUGGUAAAACCUGUAUAUGGUAUCAGCAGCUCUCAUUGCUUUUUGGGUUGUAGGCCAAUCAACGCCAUCUUCUUCGUCUUCAUUAUCGUCAUCAACAUCCAUUUCCACAUUUUACACUAUUUCCACAAUUCCUUUAUCACUUAAAACUUGAAAUGUAGCUAUCUGAUCGUUUACUGAAAUGUAGGAGUUAAGAUCAGUUCCAGACUCUCUCUAGUUUACAUUAAAUUUUUGUAUCUACUCUGACAAAGUCAUUUCAUAAUCCUCGUCAACAUCCUGAACAUUGGAGAAACUACAGUCAAUUUAGCUUGACGAAAGCACUUACAUAUUGUCACUGACGUAACUGCACUCUACACAUUGCCUAAAAACUGAACUGCAUAAAGGAUGGUAAUAUUCACGGGUUGUCCAUUGUCCAUACAAAAAAUCAUCCUUUUCAAUAACUGUUUCCGAUAAUGGCACUUUAAACUUCUUAUGACUCCUUGGUCAAUAGGCUGGAAGACACUCGAAGACACUCGUGCAGUUGGCUGGUAAGAAAACUAGGUUGAUAUUGGUCAAAUUAAGCUUGGAAUGGGCUGCACAGUUGUCAACUAAGAGAAGAAUUUUCUUUUUUUUUUUUUUAAGAGAGUUUCUUGUCCCACUUUCUCAAAUCUUCUUCAAAAAUAGCAGAAGUCAUCCAGGCUUUUUGUUGUAUGUUUAGUUUACAGGCAGUGUUUUCAUGUUUUUGAAACAUCUAGCUAGGAUGUAAAUUUUUUCCAAUAACCAAAAGCUGUACCAGUCAUGUUUGCACAAACAAAAGCCGUGACUCUUUGUUUUGAAAGCUUUCCACUGACACAUUUUUGAUUUUAAAAAUUUAAAAUUUUGGCUGGCGUUAGUUUGUAAAAGACACCAGUUUCAUCGCUAUUGAAGAUAUCUUCGUCCUUGUAAGGUUGCCUUAGUUGUGGCUAUGUGUUUUGUAACCAAUCACCUGUCACGUUAUCGUCCACACAUUUUGUCUCUUUAUCCCCCUCUCUCUGACACCUCUUCACCAUCCCUUAACUCCAAUAGAUUUUAUGUCAUCGUCGUAAGUUGUUUCUAUCGAAAUCUGUUCUAACUUUCAUGUCUUCCUCUUACCCGAUCACAUGCAGAAUUCAUCUUAGGCAUGCCAACUUAAUAAAUUUCUCAGAUACAGGCUUCCCAAAACUUCUAUAGAGGGGAUCCAUCGAAGGAAGGUUUGAGCGUAUAGGCUUAUAUUAUAUUUGAAUGAUUUUCUAUCUUUCCGUAUACUGGUAUAAAUUGAAAAAAAAAUCUUCAAAAGAGAGUACUAUAUAUAUAAUUCGUUCAACUAGAGAGUGUAAGAUAUAGGUUUAAUUGCUACUUCGAAGAAAAAUUGGAAGAAUAUAAUAUUUGUUCUGCUAUUCGAAGCCGGGUUUGUAAGAUAACGCUAUAAAAAACUGACAAAAGAAUAAAAAUAGGUUAUUCCAAUAUCAAUUAUGGUACAGAUGAAAUAAAGAAAGACUUAUUAUAAUUGAAUGGAUAUUCAUCGCAGUUUAUAAAGUGGUUAGCGUGUUAGUACAAUUGUUUUGUUUUGGAGUAGUAAAAAUAAUUCAUAGACAACAAACUUUCUUUAAAAUAAAAUACAUUUGUUUUCUUACUGAUUCUUGGGUAAAAUAUUAAGUUGUUUUGGUACACUACAUUGUUGUUAAGAUGACGCUGAUUUUUUUUAACUUGGUUCGAAGUUUUAAUUCUGUACAAACUGAAUAUUCUGUUGAGUAUUGGUACUUCUAUAUUUUCAUUUGGCGUAUACGCAGCAGUAAAAAGAAAACAAAUUACGAAUUAGAGGUUUAAUAUCAAAAGAAUUUAGAACAGAAUAGAUAGAAAAUAAACCAAGGGCAACUUUACUCUGCAAUAAAUUUAUAGUAAUAGCGGGCAGUAUUGUAAAAAUCUCAAAACAUAAAGUUUAAAUGACGAAAACACAAGGGAAUCUGUUUACCCAAGAAUCUCUGCAUAUUUUUUAUUAAUUCUGGUGAACAGCAAGCGACUCGGAACAUUGCGGUGGUAUGAUCGUGGAUGUUCUAGUUGUAAUACUCAUAUAUUGAAAUGAAAUAAUAUGGUCAAACAGGUUUUGUCUAUAAUAGUUACCAAUUGCUAAACAAGAAGCGAUAUCUGCUGUGCGG